AUGGACAAAGACAAAAAGAACUCUCCUGGCGCUGAAGGAUACAAACUGACGCGAUUCGGGUCGACUGGGAAAGCAACAUUCCAGGCGACAAAUCCGCCUAAGUUCGAUCACAAGAAGACGCUCACGUCUGAAAACAUCACCGUUGCUGAUAUUAGCUUUAUUCCUGACCAUAUUCUCGAGAAAGUGGCUGCAACGAUGAAAAUGAAUUCCGCACAGCUGUUUCUAAAGGCCAUGCAAAACCAACGACGGAUGGCAGCGGAAGAAGGUAAACUUGGUCCGACUGACAUUGUUUACACUGAGGACGACAUACCUAAACUCAUUGCCAUCACGGAACAGAAUGCACAAAACGCCACCAACGGAAAUGCUGCCGCCCCCGAAUGUGAUGGGCACACCACUGGAGGCAACGAACAAGAUGCCAGCGUUCCUGAGGAGGGGCUUCCGCGGCCUUGA